AUGGAGCACGAGGGUGCCUUUUAUCUCGCCACCGCUGCACCCGCAUCUGCCGCUGCUGCUGCAUGCCCUUCAUCUCCUGCCCUUUCCCUCUCACCUGCUGCCUUAUCUGUGACUGCCGCCGCUUCUUCUGCUGCUGCGACCCCUGCUGCUGCUGCAGCAUCACCUUUCCCAUGCCGUCUUGCUCCAGCUGUAGCACCACCGGCACCAGCACCAGCGCCAGCGCCAGCACGACUUGGAAGCUGUGGUUCCGGUAGCAGCAGCAACACCACUGGUUCUGGCCAGUCAGGGCACUUGGCAUGCUCCGGGCAAUCUAGCCAUUCGGGAGGAUCGGGGACUUUCGGGCUGUCUGGGGAUUCUUCUUUUGUGGCAGCUGGUGCUGCUUGUGCUGCUGAUGCUGGUGCUGCUGGUGCUGCUGGUGCUGGUGCUGGUAACAGUGGGGGCAGCAGAGACAGCAGCGACAGCAACGAUAGCGCUGCUGCUCUUGCGGUUUCGACGAAAGGAGGCAGCAGCAUCAGCAGCAUCACUGCGCUCCCUGUCACUAUGAUGCCCACAUUCAUCCAGCCUAAUGCAGUCGCUGCCUCUGCUUCACCUGCUGCUGCUACUGCAUCUAUUGUUGCUGCUGCUGCUGCUGCUGCUGCUGCUGCUGCUGCACCCAAUGCUGUCGCUGCACCAUCUCCUGGGUUCGCUCCAGCAGCAGCAGCAACCCCUCCCAGGGCGCAGAGCCGUCCCUGCCAUUCAACACUCACAGCGUGCGGAGCACAGGUAGCAGCAGCAGCAGCAGCAGCAGCAGCAGCAGCAGCAGCAGCAGCAUCUGUGCCUGUGCCUCUUCAGUCGCGUCACUCGUUUGAAGCGGCGCAGAAAGCAUCAUAUGACGCGCAGCCAGCCGCGUCGCCAGCCGCGUCGCCAGCCGCGCCGCCAGCCGCGUUUUUCGAGACGUCUCAAAAGGCGUCUCAGGAAGGGUAUGAAGCUGUGCGUGCAACAACUCACCGCAAGUCACCGAGCGUAUUUGUGGCGCCUCAAAAGGAAUGUCAAGACGCCGCGGUCCGGUCUCUUGAACCGCUACGCUCGUUUGCAGUGCCUCAGCAAGGGGUUUCAACACAUCAGCAAGGGGUUGUUGCAGCAGCAGCAGCAGCAGCGGCGCCAAGACCGUCUCACAAGUCACUGCGCCCUGCCCUGUCCGCUGCACCUCAGCACGGGGUUGCUGCUGCUCCAGCUGCAGCAGCAUCCGGCGCACAGGGCGUGCCUCACAAGUCACUCCGCUCGGCCUUGUCUGCUGCCCUCGCUCACAACCGGAUGAUACUGGAGCGGCACAGCAUGCGCAUGCUCGCUCACUCGCAAACCACGUACCGGCCCAACCAGCCGUUGAGCCUCAAGAGAAGCUGCUGGGAUGGGCAUGCUAACGCUGAAGGAAAUUAUGGGGGCCACGGUGGGGGGUAUGGAGAGCAUGGGCGUGGUGGGGAGCGUGCAGAGGAUGGGGAUGAUAGGGGAAGCUACACGGUUCUAAAUGAAGGAGGGGGGCAGGAUGGGAGUUAUGGUGAGGGAUACGGUGAGGGGCAUGGUGGGGGGCAUGGUGGGGGGCAUGGUGGGAGGCAUGGUGGGGGGCAUGGUGGGGGGCAUGGUGGGGGGCAUGGUGGGGGGCAUGUUAACACCGUUGGCAGUUCGCAAACUCUUCUAACCGAGGCACGGGAGUAUCUCCCCGACGUUGACCAUGCCGUCUUCAAGCACUUCCGCAUCAUCAAGAGGGUCGAGGGAAAAGCUCAGCAGUACGAGUGCAAGUUCUGCAGCAACGUCUACACUGGUGCUGCCAUCCGAUGCGCGCAACACUUCACGUCGUGGAAGGGGAUGAAACGCCGUGAAGUGGUGCUUUGCAAGGAUGCGCCGCAAGAUGUGCGCUUGGCCAUGCGCGCGAAAUACGAGGCAAAGGCUGCUGCGGCCGAAGAGAAGAGGCGGGCAGCAGCUGAAGCGGUUGCCGCGGUCAAGGCUAAUGGUGUGAAGCGGGCGCGCAUCACCGAUUACCUUGAUGGGGAUGCGGCUGCAAGAAAGAGAGAAGCGGACGAGGCACUUGCGCUUGCUUGGGCCGCCCUCCAUAUCCCCGAGCGCCACAUUGACCAUCCUCUGAUGGUCAAUGCAUUGAACCUCGUCAAGCGCGCCGGCGUCGACUACGUCCCUCCCAAGAGGAAAUACAUCGGCGGUGCUGACCUUCUCUCGUGUCGCAACGGAAUCGAGCAGGGUUUGGUGGGCAUUAAGGCGAGCUGGAAGAGGACGGGCGUGACGGUUUCGUCCGACAUGAUGACGGACCGCAACGGCAGGCCGCAGGCCAACGUGCUUCUCGUAAACGAUUCCGGCGCCGUCUUCACCGACUGUAUUGACUGCAACAUGGAGAGGAAAACCGGAGGUUACGUGGCGGGAAUUCUUAGGCCCGUGGUGGAGGAAAUGGGUCCAGAAAACGUUGUUGCGUUCUGCAUGGACGGGGGGUCGAACUAUGCGGUGGCGGUGAAGCAGCUCUUACAGGAGUGGCCGCACAUUCAGGAUGUGCCGUGCGCCACUCACGUAUUGGAUCUUCUCAUGGAAGAUGUCGGGAAGAUGGGAUGGGCUAAGCCGGUGGUCGACAAGGGAGGGGAGAUAUCUAGCUUCGUCCGCAACCACCACUGGACCCGAGGGUACCUGCGGAAGCCGGAAUUGGUGGAGGGGAAGGUGAUGAGGCAGACGGACGGGCAUGCCGUGGGGAUGAUGGGGAGGCUGUACGAUUUGAUGCUGCAGUUGACUGAGGACGUGGGGGGCUUGCUCGAUGCGGACGAGGAGCAGCUGAGCGACGGGGACAAGGACAAGAUCCGCCGCAUCCUCAGAGACCGCUGGGACGGCAGCCUCGCAUGCGCCAUGCAUGUCGCUGGCCGCAUCCUCAACCCCGCGAAUCAGGAGGAAGAAAUUUUCGGCACUGAUCCCGAGUGCACGAAAGUCUUCAAGGCGUUCAUCAGCCAGCAGGCCGAGUUCCUUGCGAGCCGCGAGGAUGGGGGGGAUGACGCGUGCGACAUCUUGCUUGAGCUGGGGGACGGGCUGAGGGCGUUCCUUGACAUGAAGGGUUCUUUUGGGAUGCCGGAAGCCGUGGCACAGAGGAAGCUGGUGAAAGAGGGAAAGUAUAGCAUGGUGAAGUGGUGGCAGUGGAAUGGGACUGAUGCCCCUCGAGUGGCGGGGCUCGCGGUACGGGUGCUGUCUCAGGCCGUGUCAGCCUCAACUUGUGAGCGUGGAUGGUCCUCGUGGGAUGCCGUUCACACCGCACGUCGCAACAGGCUCGGAUCCGCCAAGUGCAGGGACUUGGUCUAUGUUGCGCACAACUGGAAUGUUGUGCGCAACUGGCACACGCGCGUUGAUGUCUUGCCACAUGUGGUGCCCGGGAUUAGAGCGGAGCCUCCAAUCCCGGCGGGAUACAAUGGGCUGGAAGACGAGACGAAGGGAGAGGAUGAGGAGGAAGGCGAAGACGACAUCCUCGAAGACGAGGGCAUGGUGGGGGGCAUGGUGGGAGGCAUGGUGGGGGGCAUGGUGGGGGGCAUGGUGGGGGGCAUGGUGGGGGGCAUGGUGGGAGGCAUGGUGGGAGGCAUGGUGGGGGGCAUGGUGGGGGGCAUGGUGGGGGGCAUGGUGGGGGGCAUGGUGGGGGGCAUGGUGGGAGGCAUGGUGGGGGGCAUGGUGGGGGGCAUGGUGGGGGGCAUGGUGGGGGGCAUGGUGGGGGGCAUGGUGGGGGGCAUGGUGGGGGGUAUGGGGUUGAUGAGGGGAGUUUGA